AUCAGCUUGCAGAGUUGUGCACAGCGAGCUCUCAGUGCAUCGUGAGGUCGAACCGGGCAUGAUAAUGGCAAUGCAAGGGGUGGCUCACAACUGGUAUCGCUGAAAAUGACGGGUUCGCCUCGUCGAAAAGGAAUAGCGAACUGACUCGAGAUGAGGUACUAUAUCUUGAUUUGAAACACACUUUGUAACCGGGGAAGUGAAGAAUUCAGAUACUGUGCCGUGCAUAACUAUUUAAAAAAGGGCAACAAAGCAGGGGUCCGGUUGGACUGGUUUGAGCUCAGUGCCAGCGGGACGAUACCACAGGAGGAGCACCCCCCCCAUCAGUGCCAGCAAGACCACCAAGGACAAGAGCAACAGCACCACCAUGAGGGCAGGGCGCUGUGAGUCGGAGAAGGACUCGGGGUACUCUGACAGCAGCUCAGAGUACCUGCAGAUGGACUCUGAGGACCACCACCCCCCCUCCUCCUCCUCCUCCUCCUCUUCCUCCUCAUCUUCCUCCUCCUCCUCCAGCAGUGUGACUCGCCGCUCGGGGGGCCUCACCCCUGUCUACAUCGUUAAGAACCUGGUCAUCAAACAGCCCCUGACAUUGCAGACCCACACUGGCCCUAUUCUCCACAGCCAGCUGGCAUGGGGCCGUCAGUCGGCUCUAACCACAGUGAGCGGUCAGGGGGCCGCCCAGGUCCUGUUUAUCCAGCAGCCCAGAGCCGGCGCUCAGCUCAAACUCCCCCGCAAGAAAAAGGACACCUACCUCCCCAUCCUGAACUCUUACCCCCGCAUCGCCCCGCACCCCAUGAAGAGCCCUGACCAGAGGGCAGGGAAACCGGGAAAGCAUGGAAGCCUUGGGGGAGCGCACGCGGGGAAGAGCCAGAGCAAGAGAGUCUGUGUGGCGGACAGGAGGGAGUGGGUGCCCUCGUCCAAAUUGCAGGAGAAGCCGGAGAGGAACUUCCAUCAACCCUCCCCACAGCCCCUCAUCCCUUCAGAGAGCCCCGACCUGUGCAGCCUCCUCUCCCCCUGCCCCACAGAGCUCCCUGUGUCUGGGCCUCCUUCAGUCUCCAGCUCUGAGACUUCGUCUUUAUCUGCCUCUUCUCUGCUGACCCACCCCGGGGAGUCCUGGAGGGAAUCCAAGGCUUCCUCAGACCUGGAGAAGCAGCACCGCUUCCUCAACACAGUGGAGAUCCUGAACCGCUCCGGCCUACUGGGCAUCACCCUGAGGACCAAGGAGUUGAUCCGGCAGAACCACAGCACCCAGCGCCAGAUCCAGGAGCUGCGGGAGCACGCCAGGCUGCUCUGCCUGGCCGUCCGCUGCAACCAGCCUCAGGACUGGGCCCGGCUGCAGGAAGCCAUGGUCAACUCGGGCUACGGCGAUCUCACAGGGGAGCUAGCCAGCACCACCGCCGCCGCUGCUGCCUCCAGCCCACAGCCUCGGGGACCAGUCUGGGAGGGAGGGGACCCCCCGCUGCCUGCCCCUGCCCUGCACAGCAGCAAGCAGGAUCCUGAUCCCGAGAGGAUCAGCAGCUCCACUCACGCCUCUCUGCCUUCAGCACGGCGCUCAUGGUGAAUGUAACCCCGGGGCAGCCUCUCCUGGAGGAACGGUUAGGUUCAUCUGCUUUCCUUUAAAGGGGUGCUGCUCACCAAGGCUUGUUAGUAAGCUUUCCGCUUAUUAGCACUUGCAAAAAUAGCACCGCCUCCUUUAUGAAGAUUGCUGACCAAGGCUUAAAAUUACAUUUGUAUUUGCAUUAGCAGCAUGCCUGCCUUUAUGAGAUUUUAUGAUCAGAUUAGACCACUGUGGUAAAUCAAACUUCCUAUACUGGAAGUGUAGGUACCAAGAAGAAGCAGCAACUUUUGAGUCUGUUGUGUAUAUUUGAAAAAUCUUCAUGGUCUUGGUUAGCUGCUAGUGCUAAUAAGAGGUAAGAAAAUGUAUUUCAAAGCCUUGGUGUGCAGCCCUUUGAAUGGGGCAGUGACAAUGUUGCAAGUGCUUGUAGGGUGUAAGCGGAUGGAUUGAAAAGCCUGGGUUAGCUAAUGAAAAUAUAGCAAAGCCACUUUAUUUUCAUGCACUUUUGUGUUGGAGUGGAGAGAUGAACAAGGGACCCACUGCUCCAGACUCUCAGAAAGCAACAGAACACUGACCCGUCUGAGUCUCAGAUUGCCAUCAGCUCCGCACAGCCCAGUACAGCCGCUUCUCUCAUCACACUAAACUGGGCACAUCCUUAAACAGAAGAUAGCAAGUUUGAACCGUGUUUAUAGAAAAAAAACAUCACAAACCAUCCAAUAGAUAAUGAUGUUCAAUUUGUAUACAUUGCUGCAAGAGUCAAGUGUAUAAUUAUAAUUAUUAUUAUUAUUAUUAUUGAGACUACAGUGUGUACAACAUUUACGUGUGCAUGGAAUAAAUAAUGCAUAUGAAAAACGAUUAGUCUAUAUGUGUUCAACUGUAAAAAUACUAAGAAUAGUGACAACAUGUCUUGACAGUGGUUAAAAUGUUUAGCAACAUUCUAAAAGUUGCAUCAACUAGUUUUGUACACGCUAGAACAAAAGGGUAGUUCUUUUAGGGUGGCACAGACAUUUAGUAAUUCCCUUUAACAUGUUUGAAAUCUGCAGAUAUAAAUAAAUCAAACAGAAAGAAA